CGCGCCAGGAUGUGCAAUGGGGUCCUGCAAGGCCCAGUGCCUCCCCCUGCUGGUUGACGGGCAGAACGUGGGGCUGGUCUCCCCGGCCGUGUUGGCCCAGGUGAAGAACCACCCCGAUGUUUUCCACGUGCUGCCUUCUUCCGGGGGAGCCGGCCUCGGUGGAAGUGGUGGCGGUGGAAGUGGUGGCGGUGGCGCCGGCGGCAACGGAGGAGGUCACCGCGACGGUGGACGUGCUGGCGGCGGGGAGGAGUGUGUCGUUCUGUCGCCGGCCCUCGGCUCCUACGAACGACGCUCGGAGGCGGUGGACGCCGUGCUGCGCCAGUGGAAAGCGCUGAACCUGUUCGUCACGCUCCGCGGCUGGAGGGAUGAGAUGUACCAAGUGUCUGCGAGAUUUUACGACAAGCCCGUGAUGAAAAUGGAGAGAAGUGCCACAUGUUUGUUUGGAGUGAAGCAGUAUGGGGUUCACAUGAACGGCUACACGCAUCAUCCUAGCCAUGGCUUGUGCCUGUGGAUUGGCAGAAGGUCCGAGAGCAAGCAGACUUACCCUGGCAAGCUGGACAACAUGGCGGCGGGAGGUUUGGCGGUCGGAGUCGGGAUCAAAGAGACGCUCGUGAAGGAGGCAGCCGAGGAAGCAGGUAUCCCAGCAUGCCUUGCCGAGAGAGCUGUGCCAGUGGGAACAGUGAGCUACACGCACGAGAACGAGCGUGGCAUCUUCCCCGAGUGUCAGUUCGUGUACGACCUGGAAAUCCCCGACGACUUCACGCCGCACGCCGCCGAUGGCGAGAUGCAGGACUUCCACCUCUGGCCGGUUGACAAGGUGCUCGAGGAAAUGACCUCUGGGGAUUUCAAGCCAAACUGCGCCCUCGUCACGCUGGACUUCCUGAUACGACACGGACUCGUCAACCCCGACACGGAGCCAUAUUAUCACUACUACGUGGAGGGGAUUCAUCGGACGAUAUGAAGAGCUCUUUUCCGUGCCGCGUGCAGAAGGAUUGCGAAGCCUUGUCAGAAGAGGAGCUAAUAAACAUCGCCGAAAGAGA